GCCAUUUGAGUUUCGUGAACUUGACUUUGAACUCAUCCAUCUCCACACGUCUGUGCAGCAGACUCUCAGAGAAAGAACUUUGUGAAGAAAAUAUAUUUCUCCAUUUUAUUUUAUUUUUUAGUUCUGUGUGAGAUCUUCGGGUGCCGUCAAGCCCUUUUUUUUCAUUAAAGAGUUUCACUUUUUUCCACUCUCACUGUGCGCGAGUUCUGUGGAGACAUUUUUUCUUUCUCAAAAGAGUUUCAUCAAAAGUGUUUAAAGAAGAAAAUGAAACUAAUUUUGUGUAUUUGUGCCCUCUUGGCCUUUGCCACGGGUCAGAGAAUUACAACAAUACAACUUGAUGGUGUACAGUACUUUGUCAGCCGAAUGAAUCCCUAUUCGCCUGAGCUAAACUACUUCCUGGCCUAUCAGUACUGUCGUUCACUUGGAUUGCAAUUGGCAUCAUUUGAGACAAAGGAAAAGGUGGAAUCAAUGACGCAGUACCUCCAGAAUGCGGGCUACAGCAAAUACGACUUUUGGACAUCCGGGAAUCGUCUUGGAACGGGAAUGUUCCUCUGGAUGAGCACAGGAUUACCAUUUAAUGCUACAUUUGAUUAUUUUGAAAACUCCAGUGAUGGUGUAGCAUCACCCCUUGAGCCAGUAGAUCACAAUCAGAAUACAGCACCACAGAGAACAGCUAGAGACAGUAGUAGCGGUCUCGAGAGAGGAUGUGUGAUCAUGCAGGCACCUAGCCUGCGAUGGGCCCCUGAAGACUGUUCAGCUGUGAAGGAUUUCAUUUGUGAACAAACCAGGUGCUACUACUACAACUACGGGAGCAUUCCUGUAUCCUCGGCUCAGGGGUAAGGAAAACGCGUAGUCGAUCGACGCAGUUAAGUUAAAUAGGUGAGCUAGCCCCCUCCCGCCGCAAAUUCGGAGGGCAUCCUCAAUAAAAAAAAUAAAUAAGAUGAGGAAUGUCCUCCAUUUCGUGCUUCUUCUCCACAUGCACACACGCACACACCCACACACACCGAGAAACUUUACUUUUUAAUUGCAUAUAUUUUUUUUUCUCACUAAUUUUUUUUUACUGCCCCGAUGUUACGCAUAACCAUCCCUCCCGGGCAUCGGGGAUUAACGAAAAGCAAAUUAAAUGAUGAUGCUUAAAAGUGGAGAGAACUAACCAAAUUAAAAAAUAUUUCCGUCAAGCGUAAUCUGGACAAAUAUGGAAGCUACUGUGAAAAAUUAAAAAAUAAAUUAUUUCGAAAGAUUUUCCAGCUAAAACUCUACAAUCUGUAUAAUUACAAUUUUCCACAAAAUUCAGUGAAAUAAGAAGCUGCAAGAGUGCCAUCUGUCGUGGUAAUCGCAAAUGUCUUUUAUUCAAAAUAAUUAACUUUCUAUAAAUUAGAAAUAAUUAUCAUUUACAAAAUUCAUUCUUACAGUCCUCACAGUAGUUUCUUGAAUUGCCAGAUGAUGAAAAUUUAAUGAAAAUUAAAGUCUAAAAAAAUAUUGGUGGCCUGGGGUUAGUCCAACUAAUUUGCUUCUGUUAAUUUCUUAUUAAAAAAAAAUUAAUAGAGCCUAAGUUAAAAAAAUAAUUUAGGGAUUGAACUUGAAUAACAAUAAAAAAAAUUCAUUGCGGGGGCAUUUUUAGACGACCAAUUUCUUCAACGACAACCACAACAACCACGACCACACCUGUGCCCCACUACCUGCCAUCUACCACCUUCAAGAUGCCCCUUGCGAUGACACUCAACCUCCGCAGUGAACCCAAGCACCUCAAUGAGCAUCCCGAUCGUCCUAUUCCCGUUGAGACAGUCACGGAGGAAGCUGAGGAAGCUCAAGAAGAGAGCAGCAGUGCAGGGAAUGACGAACCAUCCGAAGAAGCUGACAAUGAGGAGACCACAGAAGAGCAGGAAGCAACCGAAGAGGUCACCGAGGUGACAACAAAACUCCCCAUUACACCCGUGGAACAGCGCCUCAAGCAAAUCACCGAGGAAAUUGAGAAAUUCAGCAAUGCCGAUGUUGACAGCGAAAUUGGACGACAGAGCUUCUUCUCCCUCUCGGACCUCAUCAAGAAUCUCCGGCCAAAUGACAAAAAGACCCCACAAAUUGACUCAGACUACAGCAAUACAAUGCGCGUGCUGGGCGAUACGAAAUCCCUCAUCAAUGACGACGCUCGGAAACUCAAGGAGGGCACUGUGAAGAUUACACGAUCCCUGUACUAAGAAAAUUCAAGUCUCCACCAAAAUUCUUACGAGAUCAGCAGAAGACUCCUUAAAUAAAGCAUCCCCUUCUUCCUACUUCCUCUGUGUGUGUGUAGACCAUCGAGGAAGAGGACGAAGGAAUCCUCAUGGACUUUUCUGUUGAACUCAAAUCCUUCUUUUUCUUAAAUCUAUUUUGUGGUUGACCUUUCUUACCUCCUUUUAUCCCCCCCCCCCUUUUAGGGUUUCCUGUGAGAAUUUAUAAUUUUAAACUUGACCAAUUUGAUUAAAAAUAAAAUUGGGAAUUACUUUUUACAAACAUUGAAAGAAAAAAAAAUACGAAAAUUUAAUUGUAAUGAAUUGAGGAGGAAUAAAAAUAAUCAAUAAAAGACAAUAUUUGUCACAUUGAGAAUGA